AUGGAGAACAUUUCUAUGACUGGCACUUUAUUCCUCAUGGGCCUUGCAGAGCUUGGAAACUUUAGGUAUUUAUAUUCCUUCAUAACUCUAGUCGUCUAUGUUACAGUCAUGGUGUUGUGUUUGGCGAUUGUGGUUGUCACCUGGACAGAGGAAGCCCUUCAUGAACCCAUGUACAUUUUCAUCUCCAACCUCAUGUUUACCGACAUGUAUGGAAGCUCGGCCUUGAUGCCCAAGCUGAUGAUUGACUUGAUGACGGGAUGCAUGACAAUCCCACUCUCGCAAUGCUUGGCCCAGGGUUUCUUUCUCCAGAGUUUUCCAUCUGUGGAGAUUUUUAUUUUUGCUGCCAUGGCAUAUGAUCGUUACUUGGCCGUUGGCCACCCAUUGAGAUACCCCAUGUUGAUGACCAACAGGAAAGUUUUUAAAAUUCUAGUGGCGAUAUGGAUUUAUGUGUAUGUAGGUAUAUGUGCAAUUUUGGUCAUUGCUUCACGACAAACUCUGUGCGGUGUACACAUCAACAGCGUGUUUUGUGAAACCAUUUCUCUUACGCACUUGGCUUGUGGUGACACCACUCUCGGAAUAGUCUUUGGGUUUACAUGGAGUAUGAUUAUGAUGGCUGGCUGUGUAAGUGUUGUAAUUUACUGCUAUAUAAGAACAUUUCUUGUCUGUCUUAAAAUAUCUGAAGAUGCGUGUCAGAAGGCCAUCCACACCUUAGUGACACAUAUCAUUGCCUUCUUCACAUUUUUGGCUACAACAAUAUUUUUAACUUACAGAUACAGGAUCAAAGGUGAAUCCCUGUCUUUGAUUACCCACUAUAUAACAUCUGUCACUGGGGUUGCAUCUUUUACCUUAAACCCGAUAAUCUAUGGAAUCAGGACAGAGGCACUUCGAGUGAAAAUUAUUCACAGGCUGAAGAAGGAUAAAACUUUUUUCGGAAGCAGAAAAUAG